AUAACACGCGUGUAAUGGGGCCUACGUGUGCCACUGCUCACACAGCACGUGCCUUUAGAUAGAGCCUAAAUUCGCAUUCGUAUUUUCGGUGAGCAAACUUUGCCCGGCUCUGCUCAAUCACAUGACGCCAGUACGCGUCGCUGCUGGAUGAUGUCAUCGGGGAAACCUCUUCUACCCACGUGACUGGCCUGGUAGCGUGAGCCCCAAGAAGCAACUGCUGUAAGAAGCUUCACAGCGAUGAGGAAGCGGAUUCCGUUUUAGCGCAACAUGAUCCGCAGAGCGCGAUUAAGUUUAAAACCCAACUUUAAACCUGGCGGCCGCGGCCCUGGCCCUAGUCCCGGCACCGCAGCCGCCAGUGUUGGAAAUGCUACUGAGCCAAACAGGGCCUCUCAAUCAUCUCCCGGCCCGAACCAUGACAUCCCCGACACGGAUAACGGAGUGGGCGUUCCCAAUGUGCCUGAGACAAGGAAAGCGAUCUCAGUACCGGAACCUGCUGACCGAGGGGACUCAGUGCUGGAAAAGGAGAAAGGAACAGGCCCGUGCAACUAUGCUCCCCCAACUGAAGUGCAGCCAUGUUCAGCAUCUACACCUCUCCAGCGAAGGAAAAGAAUUGCUACUUUGCCUAAUCUUGCAAAGCCAAGGGUCUCCAUUCCUUCUGCAGUUACCACAUUACCACAGAAAGCUUCUCAAGGAGAAGUUCCUGUAGCUGUACCUAGUAUUGGAGUGGCUGAAGCUACUCCAGAGAAAGCCAAGUUUGAGAACUUUUUAAAAAUACCUACUCCCCCUGGCAUUUCCCAACCAUCAUUGCCUGAAAAGAGGACUCCAGUGCCCCAAGUUCCACACUUUACCCCGUUUAAGAAACCUGCCCUUAAACAGCCUGAAAUAAGUCCUGUGAAAGCUGUUGAACAUCAACCAAAGGAUGAUCUGUGUCCACUUAAAGAGAGACCCUCGCAGGGAUCUUGUAUGAUCGAAGAAUUCCCAAAGAGAGCAAAACCUUCCCCUGGAAAGAAAAUUGGUGGUAAUUUGGAGAAAGAAAGACUUAAAAGAGCGAGAACAUUAAGGGAUUUGCUUCGUGAAGAACUAAGAAAAGAGAGAAGAUCAUCAAAAGAAAAGAAUUCAAGUUCAGACCUCCGCGAUGAGAUAGACCACUCCAAAAUGACCAUGAGGGAUUUCAUUCGCUACGUCCCAGAAAACAACCCGAUGACAUCUUCACUUUUUGACAAAGAUACAUGUGAAAAGUCUUCUACUGCUGAAUCUCAGAGUGCUGGGCCAGAGAAAAAAACUAUUGUCUAUGAAGAUGAAGAUCUAGAUGAAGAGGAAGACGAAGGUCCAUUAUUGGUCCCACGUGUGAAAGUGGCAGAGGAUGGCUCCAUUAUUCUUGAUGAGGAGAGUUUAACAGUGGAAGUGUCUAGAACUAAAGGUCCAAUUGUUGAGAAUGAUGAUCCAAUCUUUGAGAGAGGCUCCAUGACAACAUAUUCAAGUUUUCGGAAGACCAAACACUCUAAACCAUGGUCGGAUAAAGAAACAGACAUGUUCUUUUUGGCUAUCAGCAUGGUUGGAACAGACUUCUCAAUGAUAACACAGCUUUUUCCGCACAGGGAGCGUUUCGAGAUCAAGAACAAAUUCAAACGGGAAGAAAGAAUGAAUGGAUGGAGAAUAGAUAAGGCAUUCCGGGAAAAGAAGGAAUUUGACCUAGAGUGUUUUGCAAAGCUUCUUGAAGAAGCAUUAAUGCAGGAGGCAAAAAAACCCAAAACACCGAAACCACGUAAGGCUAAAGGCGAACAGGGAAAUAAGACUCGAAAACCACGUAAAAAACGAAAAGCAGAUGAAGCCAGUGAAGAACAAGACAGUAAUCUGGGGGAAGAGGAGGUAGAGGCUGCAGAGAAGGAAAAUGAGGAGUCCCAGGCAGAAAAUGUCCCAACCUCCCUCUCGGGGAAGAAAAAGAGAGCACGAAAGAAAAAGGAUGAUGCACAGUCUGGUGAACCGGAAGAUCUUUCUGAGGAUCUAAAUAAAAAAGUCCCUGCAAAGGAAGGAAAAUCUAGGAAAAAAAAAAAAGGUGAGGCUGUGGAUUUUUCUGCUGAUCCUGAAACUGUUGAUUCCAUGGAAAUGGAAACAGCAGAGGGUGGAGAGAGUGUUCAAGGGGAAAGCAUCCAAGAGAAAAAGAAAAAACGGAGGCGGAAAAAGAAACCAAUCACAGAGGAUUCAGAUACUGAGUGUCAUUCAGACAGUGAACUGUUACAUAUAGCUGGGGAUAUGGAUUCUGGGACUAAAGAGUCCAGUGUUAUUUUGAAUGAUUCAGUGGAGUGUUGUGAUCAGUCUGUGCAAGAAUCUACAGAAGGCAAUGUGGGUGCAGCUCCAGUGGAAAGCCUUUCUGUGGAUGAUGAUGACGAUGAUGGAACUCUGGAACCUUUUGAAGAUGAUGACGAUGGUGGUGAUGAUGAGAUGUUAAGCAUACAGGAGGACACCUUGGUUUCCAAUGAGCAAGAUUCAGUUAUGAUGUUGGCCUCUGAUAUAUCAUUGUUUGACCAUAGUGCCUUAUCUGUAGCUGAGACUCAGACUGAGACAAGCCCUGUGGAAUCUCUCCAGGAAGCCACUGACCCUCAGACGACCAUCAGCACUACUGAGAAGUCCCAGGCAUGUGAUAACCAGGGAGUUUCUGGAGCUAGGACUCAGGAGCCUUGUACCACCCAAGAUGGAUUCAUUCAGUGCUCCAAUAUACCCUCAUCUUUGGGAAAAGGCAGGUUUCAGAGACCAAAGCCCAACUUACCAAAAUCAUGUUCUAGAAGAGGGAAACAAGAGAAGGAAGGAGAUAUGCCAGAUGGUAAAAUUGAAGCCACCGCUGAAGACACCACUAAAACAUUUCAGAGCCCAGAGGAUGGCAAGAUUCCUGUGAGCACUUACAAAAAUACUCCUCAUAAUGAAGAUUCUGUGGAGAAAGAUGAAUCCGCAAAAAAGAGCCAAGUAUCUUCUACCUCCCUGCUUGGGCCCACACAGACCCCUAUUAAACCAGCACCUGUAGUUCGGUUCCGAAGGGCAAAGCCUAACUUGACAAAGGCAUCGGCUAGAAGUGAAAAGUUGGAGGAGAGGAGUGACAUCCAGGUGGAAGGAAUUAAAGCAUCUACUGAAGAAACAGCAGAGAUUGACCAAGGGCCAGAGGGUGGCAUGUCAAGUCCUACAAAUAUAUCCAUGGACUUUCCCAUUAUUUCUCAAGAAGAAAAGUCUUCAGAGGAGCAAGAAAAUUCAUGUGAUCAGAUGCAGGAAUCCUCAGCUUCCCAAGACACAAAUCUUCAGUCUUCUCUCAGACCUUGGGGAAAAAGCAGGUUCCAAAAACCAAAGCCUAACCUGGCAAAAUCCUGUGCUAGGAUAGAAAAGCAAGAAGAGAAGGAAGAUAUCCAGGAGGCAAGAAUUGAUGCUGCCACUGAGAGAACAACCGUUCAUCAAAGCUUAGAAGAAGACAUGUCAGCUACUAAAAAUGUUGAAAGGGCAGUUUGUAUACAAGAGGAUUCCCCUUCAGCUUUAUUUCAUUCAGCCUCUAUGGACAACAGCAGCCAAAAGCCCUCUGAACAAAGUCUGAUUAAGGAACAACACAAAGGAACAGAAGGCAAAUAUGCGGAAAUUGUGGCAAUGCAUGGCUCUGCGUCUCAAGAGGCGUGCACACCUUCCUCUGCUAUGUCCUCACCCUCUCUGAGAGGAAGACUACACAGGCCAAAGCCAAAUCUGUUGAGUUUAUCUGCCAGAAAAGGACAAAAAGAAGUCAAAGCAGAUACCCAGUCUUCCAAGGCAGCCAGUAAGGAUACUGUUAAGACUAUAGAGGAGCCUUCUGCCAUUGGAAAACCUGAAGACUAUGCGCUGGAUGUCUUAACAGAAGAAAGCAGUACAGCAGGCGUAGUAUCUGCAGUUUCUUGCUCCUCACCAAGUUCCUGUCCAGAGAAACUCAACCCAACACCAACAAUUAAAGCAGAAGCAGAUGGUAAUCAAAGAAAUAUGGAACCAGAUGAACCUGUGAAAAACUCUGAAUUCAAUAAUUCACAGCAAAUCAGAAAGCAAGAGCCACUGAAACCAGCAGUGUUAACAAGGGGUAGAUUUCAAAAACCAAAACCAAAUAUUGGGCGAGCAGCAGGCACAGCCAAGAAGGAAGCCCAAGAGUUAAGCUCUGAUGGAAACGGCACAGCUGCUAGUGACCGCAGCAUGGAAAUUGCAGAGACAGAUUUACCCACCGUUACAGAGGCUGAAAUGAUGGUGAUGCCAGAGCUGCCAGAAAAUCGGAGUGUGUUGGUUGAGGACUCUGAAGCAUCUCAAUUGGGUAGCGAGGAUGUUCAAAACAAUGUUAAACCAGACCUUAAACAAGAGGAUAUGCCCCAACAGCAAUCUGUGAAUGCAAACAACAAAUCAAGUCCUUCCCUUCAACCAUCAACUCUGAGGGGUCGUUUUCAGCGUCCCACACCAAACCUGCUGCGAGCUAUAGCCAAGAAGGCCUCGUCUCCUGUAAUCAAACCUGCACGUGAUGAAAAGACAGGUGACUCAAAAACUGAUUCAGGCACUGAGGCCAAAAGCAGAGAUUGGGAUUCCAGUGAGCAGCUUUCUGUUGAGGAACAUCAAUCUAUAAGUGUGUCUCCUGUAGGCUCAUCAAGGAAUGGAGCAGGAGACCAGGACAUCUCUCCAUGUGCAUUACCUGAGGCACCUGCAAGUUUUAGCACGGAACACGACUCGAGUCCAGCAAUAAAACCUGCGCCACUAAGGAGGGGAAGGACACUUCGACUGAAACCAAACUUGGUAAAUGUGCCCUACAUGAAAGAGAGCCCAGGAGGGGACCAGACUAAGGCUGCUUCAUCCAAAUUAAAUGCGGGUGGAGUAACCGAGUGUGUGCCUUUGAAGAAUGCAAGCCAUGUAACUGAUGUCUUGGGAAAACCACCAACUCACAAAAGGAAAGCAGCCGAUAAAAGCAAUAUUGAAUUACCUCCCAAGAAAAUCCGUUCUUCUGAGAAAGCUGAGGCACAAAGCCGUUUGUCGGAGAGAGAAAGUGAGUGUGGUUCGUUGGAUAUUGAGGGGCAAGAGAAUACUACAGUUACACGAACAAGAUUUGGACGAAAGGUAAAGAAUUCAGUACCAGAAAGAACUCCAGUACAGCCCAAAGGGCCAGAGAAUUUGUCCGAUUUGGAAAAGGACAAGAAUGCACAAAACAUGAAGUCUAAUGGCAACAAAAUUAAAGUGGUAAAGCCAAUAUCCAGGAAAGGAACUGCCCUGGUGAAGCUCAGGGCUUCUCGAUGGGAAGAACAAGAUGAUGAUGAUGAGGAGUUAUACUUUAAAGAUGAAAGUUUUAAUCUUUCCCCUGAUAAGGUGAACCAAGCACCAGUAUUUGUUCCUUUCAGCCUACGUUCCCUAAAGCAUGGCCCCGCUGAAAUCGAGGAGACUGUAGAAGAGCUUGAAAUCCCAUUGUAUGUUUUGGAUUCUCACACAAUCCCUGAAACACAGAAUAACGAUCCAGUAUCUGGAGAAAGGCAAAAUUCGAAUUCUCUUCUAAUGUCUGAUCAGCUAUCGCAUUAUGCUACGGACUCGGAAGCAGUUCGUUAUGAUGAAGGUACAAAAUGUGGACAUGAUUGUAGUGAUGGAAGCACAGAAGCUGCUAUGGCUUUAAUCUCUAUGGGAAAUCCUGUCUUCCAGUCGAGAAUUCAUGAAGAGUCUCCAAGUUUUCAGGAGGAUGUCUGUUGUAGUGGUGAGACCCAGAGUGACCUUCAGCACCUGGAUCAUAUUGGCUCACAAUCUCUUUUUUCUGAGAUGGACACCAUACAUGCAGGCUUUCCAUCAGGCGAAAUCUUGGAAGCACAUGCAACAAAGGCAGAAGUGGUUGAUCCCCACCUACACACAUUUAAAGAGAAUAAUGGUGAUCCUUCCAAAAUGCAGCCAGCAGCUGAGAGCCUUGAUGGAUCUGUAGGAACAACCGAGUCCGAUUUCAUUUUGCUGGAAUGUUUUGAUUCUCAAACUCCUGAUAGUGAAGACGUUUUGCAGAACACUAUUGUUCCUGACGGUGAGAACAUGUCAGGUGUAAAUGAAUGCCCUGCCGAAGAAGCAACCUUUAUUCUGACUCUCGUUGAGAUUCCAAUAAACCCAGAAUGUUCAUACUCCUGUGAUCCAAUAAUCUCUGGGGAACCUCUUCCUGCUCCAAUGCGGAUCAGCCCGAGCUCUUCUCAACCUUUAACUCUGACACAAAGCAACAGCUCUGAGUCAGCGGAGGUUUCAGUACCAUUGUCAUCUGUGCAGAGUUCUACUUCCGGUGAGGAAAGUAAUUCCUCUUGGUCAUCCUCUUCAGCUCCAAGGAAGAGAACGGCCAGCAACCAAGAUGAUGAAUCUCAUCCAGUCAAGAAAGCCCUGCUGAUAUGCGAUAAGCCGGAAGUAUCCUCUGACGACAGUGAAACUGAAGCACUGAAUUCUCCCGAGAUCAGCAUUCCCUAUACACAGGAAAUAAGCCCCCCAGAAGUGAUGUGUGACAUUGUUACAGAGCCCUCACAGGACUCGCAGCUGAGUGAAGAUGCCCUCAGUGGGAUGGAAACAUUGCCAGAAGAGACCACUGACAGCGAGUCACUCGAUUCACUGACGGCCAUUGAAGCUCGAGAUGCCAAAAGCGAACAAGAUGGAUUCAGUGAUGCAUUGCAUUUCUCCUCUACAAACACACCUUCAACUUCCGAACCUUUAAAAAGGCCUGGAAGGAUGCCAUUGGGAUUUUUAUCACUGGUUUGCAAAAGCAAGACUAAGGCAAAUGAACCAAGCAACAUGGAAAAUAGUGUGCUUGAACCAAAUGUGUGCACAAAGCCUUCCUCAGCAGAAGUUCAGUCACAAGAUGUCUCUGUCUCUGAAGUCUCUGACAGUCAGACGGUCACCCCCGAGGCACCCAGUGACAAUGAAGUGGCUUCUGAAGAAGAAGAGACCACAGUUUCACAGUAUUUUUUUAGUGAUAUUUUCAUGCCUGUGGAUGAUGAAUGAAAUACCAUUAAGGAGGCAUGAGCCCUCUAACAAGCCUUAAAGUUUUAUUCUACAGACAGAGGAUGUUUUUCCCUUCUCCUUAUAAGAAAAACAACUCUGAAAACUUCCUCCGUGUCUGUAAACAUUUGGCUUUGCAAAUGUGAAGCAUAGCAGAACCCUCUAUUGGAUGAAGCCCUUUUCCACACAUUCAAAGUACUGUGUGUAUUUAAGGAGGCAGUGUCAUGCUUUAAAUUUUCUUGUAGACCAGGCAUAGCCAAAGCCAAAGCUGCUUUUUUAACAAUUGUGUACAGUGACCGAAUGGAAAAUAGUUAUAUUUAUU